AUGCGCAGUCUCCGCCCAGAGGAAGCAGGACACAAACCCACUUCUCUCUGCUGCUUUUUAACCUUCAUCUUUCUCUGCGUGGGACAUUUGGGACAUUUGCUGUCGGUGGGGGCCGAUCACUGUGUCUGGUAUGGGGAGUGUGGCCCAUUGAAGGUGGCUGGCAAAAAAUAUAACUGCAACUACACAGGACCUCCUAAACCACUGGAGCCUGCAGGAUAUGAUCUCCUCACGGAGCUUUGUCCGGCUUUCGACGCGGGGGACCGGGCAAUCUGCUGUAAUGUUGACCAGUUACAAACGCUGAAGGGAAGUCUGCAGCUGCCCCUUCAGUUCCUGUCUCGAUGCCCAGCUUGUUAUUUUAACUUGAUGACCUUGUUCUGCGAGCUGACAUGCAGCCCAAACCAGAGCCAGUUCAUGAACGCCACAAACGUCAACGUCACGACAAACGAUAUCCUCGAAGUCCAGUACUACAUCGGACAGAGAUUUACAGAUGCUAUGUACAACGCCUGUAAAGAUGUCCAAGCUCCCUCGAGUAACGUCAAGGCCCUGUCCCUUCUCUGUGGGAAAGACGCCAGUCAAUGUAAUGCCACAAACUGGAUCCAGUACAUGUUCGACAUCAGCAACGGGCAGACUCCGUUCUCCAUAGUGCCCAAGUUCUCUGACACGCCUCUCUCGGGCUUCGACCCCAUGAACCUGGCCACGUUUAACUGCACCGAGGGCCUGGAGGACGGCUCGGGGCCCUGCUCGUGCCAGGACUGCUCUCAGGCCUGUGGUCCCUCCCCAGUGCCCCCCCCUCAGCUGCCUCCCUGGACCAUUCUGGGGAUGGAUGCCAUGGUGGUGAUCAUGUGGGUCUCCUACAUGGGCUUCCUGCUGGUCUUUGUGGGAGCUGUGGUUGGAGCGUGGUGCUACAGGAAAAGGACAAUAUUGUCUGAAUAUGGCCCUAUUCUGGACAGCAACAACCCACUAUCUCUCAACAGCGAUAGACCUGAUCAAGUAAACGCGUCGUACAGUGAGAGACUGGGCGAGCGUUUUGAGAGCGCCAUGCGUGCGACCUUCAGCUCCUGGGGCUCCUUCUGCGUGCGCUGCCCCCUGCUGGUGAUCCUGGGCAGCAUCAUCCUGGUGAUGGCGUCCUCUGGCGGUCUGGUCUACAUGCGCAUCACCACCGACCCCGUGGAGCUGUGGUCGUCUCCCAGCAGCCAGGCGCGCGUGGAGAAAGACUACUUUGACAGCCAUUUCGGGCCCUUUUUCAGAACGGCUCAGCUGAUCAUCACAACUCCUCUGAACAAGCCGGAUGUUUACUCGCCGUACAUCCCUGGACCUGAUGUGCCGUUCAACACUAUUCUCACUAAAGAUAUUCUGCAUCAGGUUUUGGAUCUGCAGCUUCAAAUUGAAAACAUUGUGGCGACAUUUGAAGGGGAAAACGUGACACUGGAGGAUAUUUGUUUGGCUCCUUUGGCUCCGCUCAACAACAACUGUACCGUCCUCAGCGUCUUGAACUACUUUCAGAACAGCCACGAGGCCCUGGACCGGGUCAAAGGGGACGACUUUUUUGUCUAUGCCGAUUACCACAGCCACUUUCUCUACUGCGUCAGUGCACCUGCCUCUCUCAACGACACCACUGAGCUGCAUGACCCCUGCAUGGGGACGUUUGGAGGUCCUGUGUUCCCCUGGAUCGCUCUGGGAGGCUAUGACGCGACCAACUUCAACAACGCCACUGCGCUCGUGAUCACAUUUCCAAUCAACAACUUCAAAAACAACACUGCACAGAAGGGCAAAGCUAUGGCCUGGGAGAAAGAGUUUAUCAGCUUUAUGAAAAACUUCAACCAUCCAAACCUGACCGUCUCCUUCAGUUCUGAGCGAAGCAUCGAAGACGAGAUCAACAGAGAGAGCAACAGUGACAUCAGCACGAUCAUUCUCAGCUACGCCAUCAUGUUCAUCUACAUCUCGCUGGCUCUGGGACACAUCGAGAGCUGUAGGCGUGUCUUGGUGGAUUCAAAGAUUUCCCUGGGCAUAGCAGGAAUCCUGAUUGUGCUCAGCUCUGUGGCGGCCUCUCUGGGCAUUUUUAGUUACUUUGACGUGCCCCUCACCCUCAUUGUGAUUGAGGUGAUCCCCUUCCUGGUUCUGGCGGUUGGCGUGGACAACAUCUUUAUUAUAGUCCAAACCUACCAGAGGGACGAGCGACUUCCAGACGAGACGCUUGACCAGCAGAUUGGCCGUAUCCUUGGAGAUGUGGCUCCCAGCAUGCUCCUCUCUUCCUUCUCUGAAACUGUGGCUUUUUUCCUUGGAGCUCUGUCCAACAUGCCGGCAGUGAGGACCUUCUCUCUGUUUGCUGGUUUGGCGGUUUUUAUUGAUUUCCUGUUGCAGAUCAGCUGCUUCGUCAGCUUACUCGGGCUGGACGCCAAGAGACAGGAGGGGAAUCGCCUGGACAUCCUGUGCUGUGUGAAACUUCCAGAGGGUCAGGAAUCCAAAUCAGACGGAUUCCUCUUCAGAUUUUUCAAGAAAUUCUACGCUCCUUUCGUGCUGCAGGAGUGGGUCCGCCCUGUGGUUGUGGCAGUGUUUGUGGGUAUGCUCUCCUUCAGCAUCGCCGUGGUGAACAAAGUGGACGUGGGACUGGACCAGAAGCUCUCGAUGCCAGAUGAUUCCUUUGUGUUGGAUUACUUCAGAAACCUGUCCACGUACCUCCACACUGGGGCCCCGGUUUACUUUGUGGUUGAAGAUGGACUGGACUACAGGAGCCUGGAGGGACAAAACUCUGUGUGUGGAGGAGUGGGCUGCAAUAACAACUCGCUGGUGGAACAGGUCUACACCGCUUCUCUGAUCAGCAACUACACAACGAUUGCGUACACGCCGUCCUCUUGGCUCGAUGAUUAUUUCGACUGGGUGAAGCCGCAGUCGUCCUGCUGCCGGUUCUAUAACAGCACUGGAGACUUCUGCAACGCUUCAGUGGUGGAUCCGUCGUGUGUCCACUGUCGACCCCUGACUCCUGAAGGAAAAAAGCGACCGACCGCAGAGGACUUUAUGCGCUUUCUACCAAUGUUUUUAUCAGACAACCCUAACAUCAAAUGUGGAAAAGGAGGCCACGCAGCCUAUUCUUCAGCCGUCGACCUGCUUAACAACAAUACAGACGUGGGAGCAACAUACUUCAUGACAUAUCACACCAUCAUGAAGGAUUCUCCCGACUUCAUCACUGGUUUGAAAAUGGCCCGUGAGCUCGCCAAGAACAUCAGCAGUGCCAUGAACCACAAUGUGUUUGCAUACAGUGUCUUCUACGUGUUCUACGAGCAGUACUUGACGAUCAUCUACGACACUGCUCUAAACCUGUGUGUGUCUCUGGCGGCCAUCUUUGUCGUUACCACGGUGCUGCUGGGGUUCGAGCUGUGGGCGGCCGUGCUGGUCAGCUGCACCAUCGCCAUGAUUCUGGUCAACAUGAUUGGAGUCAUGUGGCUCUGGAGCAUCAGCCUCAACGCCGUCUCUUUGGUCAACUUAGUCAUGAGCUGUGGGAUCUCGGUGGAGUUCUGUAGUCACAUCGUGAGAGCGUUCAGCGUCAGUGUGAAGAGCAGCAGAGUGGAGCGAGCCGAAGAGGCGCUGGCGCACAUGGGCAGCUCCGUGUUCAGUGGAAUCCGUUGCCGAAGUUUGGAGACCACAGUGAUUGAAUACGUGAAGCCCUCAGACCUGAAGAAGGACAUGAACGAGACUUUCAAGGAGAAAUUCCCUCACAUCAGACUGACGCUCAGCAAAAUCAGGAGUUUGAAGCGGGAGAUCAAAAAGCUGGCCCAGGACGAGUGCGGCUACGAGGAGAUGACUGUUGCCAUGGCCUUCGUGUACUUUGAGAAACUGGUUCUUCAGGGCAAACUGCACAAGCAGAACCGUAAACUGUGCGCCGGCGCGUGUGUGCUGCUGGCCGCCAAGAUCGGAGGAGAUCUGAAAAAAUAUGAGGUCAAGAACCUGAUCGACAAACUCGAAGAGCGUUUCCGGGUAAACCGCAGGGAGUUGAUCGCCUUCGAGUUCCCCGUCCUGGUGGCUUUGGAGUUCAACUUGCACCUGCCCGAACACGAGAUCAUGCCCCACUACAGACGCCUGCUGCAGACGUCCUAA